GUUCAAACUUCAGUAUCUAGUACUAAAAGGGGAAUUUCAGCUGAUAUAUAUUGGUGUUUUCGUUUGGUUGUUAAUUUUUUAGGCAAAAGUCGCGAAUUCGGUGCGGAGUGAUAUAUUCCGUAAUUAGGUGAGGUGUCUGGGUGAGGAAGAGGCCUGCUGGAAAAGCGGGACAGGAAGAGUGAAAAAUCAUUUUUACGGACGAAUUUUUACGUUCUCAACUCGUUUUUCUCGUAUUUUGGGGCCCUUGGAAGGACAGCAACACCAGAGAGGGCCCAAACCUGAAGAAAAUGGUGAAGUGGCGGGCGAUAUUCCUGCUGUUUUUGGCGGCUGCCACGACAGUGUGUGGACAAGAGAAAUCGGAUGGCUUGGCACUGUUGUUAAACACACAGAGUCUGGAGGCUGGGGAGGAGCACAAGCCAGCCACCAUGUACAUCGACGUGGACGGGGGCUCCGGGGCGGGCGCCAUCGAUGACUUCGUGGACCACGAGGACGGGUCGGGGCUCGGGCCUGACGAUGAGGAUGGAUUCUCAGACUCAGAGGAGUCCGGCUCAGGCAUGCCGUGGACUGAUCCUAACGAGGUAUUCCCCGGUAUCGUGGACACGAUAGUCACUGCCAAACCUGUGGAGGAAGUCAACCAGCCUCCGGUGGAGAAACCAACAAAGAUAAAGCCACCCAAACCAGACCCAACCAAGCCACCAAGGCCUGUCAAGACCUACCCUCCAAAACCACCCAAGAAAGAGAUACCUGUUGAGGAGAAGCCAACCAAGAAACCAGUCAUCAACCACAUUUCCAAGGACCCAGAGCCCACAAGGGAAAACAACAAGGUGGAGGAGACCCCACAGCCCACCAGUGAGGUGCUGGUGAACAGAGUGGAGCAGCGACAGAACACCAACAACAAGUUCACAGCGCUCUUCUCCCACCCGGGGGUCAUGGCAGUUGUGACUUUAGCCGUAGCUACUUCUGGCCAUAAGCUGUCCCCUUGGUAUAUGGCGGCUGUUAUCGGUGGUGCAGUUGUGGGUCUGCUCUGCGCCAUCCUCCUCAUUAUGUUCAUCGUGUACCGGAUGAAAAAGAAGGAUGAGGGGUCCUACUCCUUGGAGGAUCAUCCCGCCAAGAAGCUCAACACCAACGCCUACGGCAAAACUUCGAAAGAGUUCUACGCGUAGAGACGACGACGCGCGUGCAUGUAACCACCGGCCAGGGUCUGCUUUAUUUUGAUAAGUGACUUGUACUGUAGAAAUGCUAUGAUUGGCUACGCUUUACCGUAGGUGGGAGAAAACAGCCAAUGGGAGAAGAGAUGUUAUGGAGGAUCAGAUGCAAGGUCUCUUCCAUAUAUGGUAAAGAAGCACAAGAUAAAGUAGCACAAAAGAAGCUGUGAUUGGUUAAUGGUACAUCAUUUGCUGUAUACUAAUUAGUGAUGUGAAUUAUUGAUUCUUGACUCAAACGCUGUAAUUUUGUCAUCUGCCAAACUGUGAUGAUUAUGUAUAUGGUUAAACGAGCUGUUAAUUAACCAAUCACACAAUUGAUCGUUUUAACAAAGAAAAAGUCACCUUGCCUGGGCCACAACCUAUGCUAAAAAAUUCUUGUAAGACUCAUGGUUGCUAUGCCAAUGAGAAUGUAAGACACAACUGAAUGCCACUUGCUGUAAGGUUGGAUCCGAUUGGUUGGAAGUUUGACUCCUUUGAUUUCAUUGGUCAGUUUCGUAUACUCUUAGUUUACAUUGGCUACAGCCUGAUUGGUUGAGAUUUUAAGUGUGCCUUCCAUAUUUGGACAUGAAAGAGAAGCUGCUGACCAACAGGAAGUGAGGGAUUCAGUUGCGGGGAGUAGUGAUAUUCUUGUUGCCAUGGCAACGGUUACAAAAGUGUCAACCUUCCACUACUCGUGAUUGCGAAUUAGUUUUUGUAACUUUUAAAGAUUUUUUUCCUUUUUAUCUAUCUUUGAACAACAACAAAUAACGUAACUUAUUCUUCACCGAUAUAUUUCACCUCAAGUUGUUUCGUAUCAGGGUAUACUAUGUAGAAAUGGUCUCCAACCUCAGUGUGAAAGCCUUUCGAGAGCACUCCCACGACCAGGGACGGAAGGUCGGGUUUUCUCUGAGAAGCCGUAUACAGCUAGUACAUAAGUUUAAUAACUGCUCUUCUCACUGUAUGUAGAAAAGUUCGCACUUUUUGACCUUUCGUUGAAGAAAGAAAGAACUGCUUUGUGGUAGGUUUAGAGGUGGUGGGUUGUCCUUCAGUCUGUUCUUGAUAUGAAAACAUGAAACUUUAGCCAGCUGGCUGGGUAAUAAGGUUAGGAUAUACAUGUAGGUCUUUUCAGGUGGGGAGGGGGGUACAGACUACAGGGGAAGAAACGAACACAACUUGGUAUGAUAUGUCUACAGCGACAUUUCUUACUUGAACUCAGCCAGUAUCGUGCUUGCUAGCGUUUUGCUGCAUCCAAAUUGCCGAAAUUGUUCAGUUGCUGAGAUAAUGGUAGUAUUUAUUAGGUGGCCAUAAAAAAUCCACGGUGACAGCUUGUUAUUUUUUUUUCUUCUUGUUGUGAACGUUGACACGCGUGCAAAUAGCAUGCAGAAAUUUCUGAUGAUGGUCCAAACCCUGGAUGAUUAUACCGGGGUUUAACGCUAUAUUUGUAGAGGAAAAGAGAGCGAGCGUCUGAUUUUGUGCUUGAAUGGCCUUUAUUGAGUGGCUAGAAUGUGUGUAGAUUUUUUUGCUUGGCAUCCAUAUAUAUAUGUAAGGUUGUAUACAAUUCAGUACUUUCUGCUUGAUUGUUUUUGUUCUUAUUAACACCAACUAGUAAUACUAUGUAUGUAAUAUUAAGUGACAGUCACCACUUUGCUUAGGCUUUGGUUCACCCCCACAUCAGGUAUUGGUACAGUCGAAAAAUAAUGUAAUGGAAUAUACCAUCAGGAAAAAUGAGGAGGUGAUGUCAUUGUAUUGUAUGUAUGCCAUCCAAUUCUGAAUGUGAGGUUGGAAGGUACCAACUGAUGUGUGGGGGUGCACCAAUGAAAUCCAGGAGAAAAGUGUAGGCUGCUCAGCUAAAGAAUUAUCCAUUCCCGAUAAGUAAGGAUGCUUAAUAUAUUUUUAUAGCACGGAGUGAUAAUUGAUAAUAAUUGGGCCCUGAUUAAUUAAAAUGGCAUAAUUCCUACUUAGUGUACGGGCAGGCUUGGGACAAUUCGAAUGUUGAAGAGUCUUGUUGAAGCAAAAAAAAAAAAAGGAUCAAAGAUAAGAAAAAGAAAUAUAUUGUUAUGGUUUCCAUCGUAUGAAGAUGUAUGUACUUCUUCAAACUUUGAUUGUGCUCAAGCCUGCCCCCUGGUGUAAGAACUCUGUAGUGCAGGUAAGAACAGAUAUGUGUAUAUUAGCUCCCAAAAAAUGUUACUCUUCAACUAAUAGGUAGGGAAUACCUCAGUUUUUUCUGUCCCUAUUCUUCCCUCUACCUCACUCCCCACAAAUCACCAGUGGAAGGGUCCGAUUGCAUUUGUUGGACUGUUCCACUGGUGGGAUGUGGGGACUGUAGGUUGUACAAGGAUGAUUUGACAUAUUUUUCACCAACCUAUACCAGUGUUAUAUCGUCUCAUUACAAUCCAAUACAAUGUUUUGGAUGGACUCAAAAUGCUCACUUUUUAUUGCAAAGUUACACCCCAAAAAAAAGAAAGUCAUAAAAUCUCAAAAGACUACUUCUUGGUCAUGAAACACAUCCUAUUGGCUACUGUUUAUCUGUCAAUCACCUCAUGACAGCCAAUGAAAACUGAGCAUUUGGGUUUGAAACAUGAACACUAACUACAUUGUAUUUACCCAUAACUUCAUAACAUGAAAACUCCAGUACCAUGUAGAUACAACAAAAAAUAGCAACUUUGUAACACAAACCGUCCACACCUAUUCUAUGAGUGGAACUGUCCGUUUUGCACCAUUGGAUCAUUCCAUUUAAGAGAAAUAGGUAAUAAGAUAACUCCACACGGUUUUCAAGAGACGGGUCCACAGUUUGUGUUGUACUCACCGGACUUCAAUAAACACCUUUACUUCUA